AUGGACCAAACAGAUCUCCAGCAUGAAGCCAAAACCAGCAUUUUCAGGUCCUUAUGGGGUAAACCCAACAAAACCGCCUCCCUAGAUCUAAUCCACCUCUUCGGUGACUGUAUCCGAGCAGCUUCAUCCAGGACUAAAGACUAUUUGCUCUUCAGGGACCCAGAAAGCAAAUUCCACCCAAAUCCUUCAACACUUUGCGAGAUCUUUCUGAUGACUUACAUCCAACGCAGCAGCCAGUUAAAUCUCACCAACAUCUUCAAUUGUACUGCCAUGACCCCAGAACAGAGGGUCUUACUUGGUGCCCAAUGGGUUUGGGCCGUGUUAGACUAUCCAACCAAGAACCCCCGAAUUCAGAUCGCAGUCCAGGUUUUUCAUCUUCUUCCAGAGAGAAUGGAGGAGAACUUCGAGGAACUGUCCUUAGAUACCUACAGCGAGAUCAUGCGAAUGGCUGGGAUGGAGGUGGUGAAUGGUACUCAAGCCGAGAGAAUGGUGGAUUUCUGUUCUUCCAUUGGCAGAGAUUGUUACGCUUUAUUCCUCUUCUUUGGACGUGAAAACGACGAGGGUAACAUUUAUGGGUUGUUAAGCAACAACCUGCAAGCAGCUGUUGGGAAGUGUGUACGACUCGAUCGUUCUUUUAUCGAUCACUUCUUUAAGGGGGCAAAAUGCUUUGUCACUCCAAGUGGGAUGUUGCGAGCGCUGGUUGGUAAGGAAGGUGAUGACCCUCUCACCAUGCUUGUUAAAUUUACCUAACAGCUACAUUUACAGCAGUUGGUCUUGAAUUUAUUACCAUUUGUUGGUUUAUGGGCUGCUCACCGUAACAGAUACAAUGCAUUUAGCAUUGAGUAAACAUGCUGCUUUGUGUGAUGUUUUUCUUGCAACUUGCAAAUGUUUGUCAGCAAUACCUAACUGUUACUUUAUAGAUUUAAAUUGUGGUUAUAAUAUGCAGAAAUAAAUAUUUUUGCUGGGAAAAAGUCAUUACAGAGGUGUUUGUCUUUUGUAUCUGUGUUUAUCUCUGUUACUAUAUUUCAGUAGCUUGGGGCGAUUCACAUUUUGCGUCUUUUCCGCACUCAAAGUCGUUA